AGUCAGUACUUACCUGGUAUCCCUCAAGAACGAUUCGUACCACAGUUACUAACUAACGUCUCCCACCCUAAGGCUUUGUUUGUGGUCCCUCAAUCUGCGGCCAUCACGGUUUUCUCAAGCAUUUUGAUGGGUUACGAUUCGGAGCCGAUUACAGACCUUAUUGAACACUACAUCUCACAAUGUGACAAGGCUCACCGUGAAACUACUUGUAACGUGAUGAUUAGUCUAUGCAGAGAGUACUUCUUUCGGCAAGACUCGGCGACGAGUAGAAAGAUAAUCAUUUCCGAAUGUGACAUCAUCAUGCUUCUCGAAGUAGCGAUUGACCUUAAGAAUCACCGCUUAUUUUCGCUAGUUUGCGAUAAUAUCAGAGUAAACCUUUCACAUCGGUUCUUCUCAAGGAUGGCGAUUUGUCUGCGGGGGUCGGGAUUUUCGAUGGCUAUGCUGGCUCGAGCUUUUGAGCGUUCCGUAUUAUCCCAGAAAACGCUUUCAGACCAAUAUACGUAUAUCUCGAAUUUCAAUGUUGCUGGCGACGAAGUAUGGAAACAACUAUGGAGACUGGUAUUCGACGUGAUGGAAAGGAUGGUCGACACCUGUUACAACACUGCACUAUAUGAACAGGAUGGAGAAACUCUCGUGCUCAUGGCCUGCGAUCGCUAGGAUGGUUCUUGGGUUUUGAAGAGGUGAGUUUUCAGCUUGACUUGGGAGGUCUCAUUGAAGCCUGACAUGAAGUAGGUUAGCUCAU